UUUAAUCCAAUCGCUCCAGAAUCAUUUGGAUAAUAUGUCCAUAUAAUUUUUAUUAUUUGGAAAACAACUGUAUUCUAAUAAAAAUUAAUUAAAGGUCAAUAUUUCGUUUUAAUGUUUGCACCAUAGUGCAAUAAAGUGCACAUACUUCUCAGCUGACGACGAGUGGCAAGACUGGCAAGAAAUCAGCAACCUAACCUACAGUUUGCUCAUAAACCUACAGUGGAUUUUUGCUGGCGAUUUUAAUUCACAGUCCCGUUCUCAAUGAAUUCAGAUUAACUUACAGAAUCUCGUCGGAUUAAUUUGCAUUUAUAAUGUCUUCGGUCCAGCGUGCGUUUUCUCGCAAGUUAAGCAAACAGCAUGUUGCCGAUGUGAGGCGACAAAUUGCCACUUCUACUUCCUAUUAUUGUGUAUUCUUCCUAUUCUUGUUGAGCAGUGUAUCAGGAUUUUUUUCCACGAUGUCCCUGUACGAGGUAUUAGAACCACUUGAUUACGAGGAAUUCUUGGGACAGCAUCAGUCAGUGCUGGACCGUGAUCCUUUAAAACUAAUACUAGAUUUUCCACCGAGAGACGUCGAAUUGAGAGUCGUAAAGAGGAAGAUUCGAACAGAGGAGCCAGUAGUAUCGCACGAAUCAAUUGAUACCGUGUCGCCUUAUGUGAAAAGAUGCAUUGAGAGUUUUACUUCAGACUGGGUCGUAAUAUAUCGUAAAUACAAAGGUAGAAUCUCACCUAUCGCCAGAGACAGAUUGCUUCAUGAUACACCUAGACAAAAUUUCAAGGUAGAUCAAGAAGAUGCAAAUGGCUGUGUAUUACCGAACGAGGAGGAUGAUUUGUCCAAUUCCGGAGAUACUCCGAGAGGAUCUUGGGCAAGUCUAGAUUUGCGGCAUUCGCAACAUGACCCUCUUCUGCCGGGUUUGUUAGAUCGUGUUUGCCUCGAAACGAUCGAUCAGAUGAACGAGCAGAAAAGAUUGGAGGAUCGACAG